AUGGGCCAAUCGGCGGUAGCCGACGAUGGAGGGAAAAAGUCACCGCCGAUCUUCGAACGCUCGAUCCGAGCACGUCCGGCAGCCAAUCGCCGUGAAACUUUGAGGUUUUGCCGGAAAUGGGGAGGGGAAUCUUUCUGGCCGAAAAUCUGUCUUCAAUAUUGCAGACUGAGGGAGGAAUCAGAAGCCUUUUGUUGGAGAACCCGAAUAUAUCCCCCUAGAAAGGCUUGCCAGACAAGGCAUCAACAACAAGAUUUGCAUUUGGUUGGUCUUGAUAUUACAGAUAAUAAAAUUCAAACCAUGCCAUGGGCAGCGAUUCUUGAAAAGAAGGAAAACUACUUGAUCGGAAUGCUUAACAAGGGAGUACUUGCAUUUCCAAUCUCAAAAUGGGUCCCUGGUGCUGGUCCAACUGUCAAAUCUGGUUCAAAGGGAAAGUGCCGUCGUUUGAUACUGACUAAAACCCUUGAGUGGACCUUAAAUUGGUGCAUACUACAGAGCAUGUUUGAUAGUGGAGUUGGAAGGUUUGAAAAAAGCACACAUUCGAGAUGGCGUUGCAGUGGUGCAAUAUCUUGUCUGGUUGGAUAAGCAGGACCGCUCAAAUAAUGGCAGAGGCUUACGUGUUAUGCCAAUGAACUUAUAUGAGUUUCAAGUUGUUGGCCAUGGCAUGUUCGUUGGAGUUGUUAACUUAGAAAAUAAGACGUGCUCAUGCAAGGAAUUUGACAUUGAUGGAUUUCCUUGUGUCCAUGCAAUUGCAGCAUGUAAGCAUGGACAUAUCUCUCCAUAUUUCCUUUGCUCGGUGCAUUACUCAGUUGACUCACUCCGUGAUGCAUAUUCGGAAACCAUAUAUCCACUUGGAGAUAAAAGUCAGUGACAUGCUCCAGAUGAUGUCAUAAACCAGGUUGUACUUCCACCUCAAAUUGGCAAACAGUUAGGAAGACCGAGAAAGAAGAGGAUUCAAUCUCAAGGAGAGGAGCGUCAUCAAUAUAGAUGCGGGAGGUGCAAACAGGUUGGUCACAGAAGCAGAUCAUGCUCCGCCGCCGUACCUUUUGAUAGCACUAACAACCAACAGCACCACUGAAACGAACGCCCAUCAAUCGCAUGAUGCUAUAUUCAAACAAUGAGGCCAUGUUAUGUGGUAUGCGUGUGUAUGAAAUGUAGUCAGGAAUGCAAUUAGUUGGUUAACCGUGUAACGUGUGUUUUGGCGUAAUAGACGUUGGCUUUAUGUGUUCUUUUAUUGUCAAAUUCAUCUGUCGUAUUGUUUUGAUAACA